AUGCGAGUGUGGGCAUCCAGCCAGGGCAGAUUGUGCCAGCUCAGUGGGUUUGGUCUCCGGUGCGCUGUUUCGGUCCAGGGUUCGCACUCCUGUCCGGAGCUGCCAGAGUCACCCUCCUGUCCGGAGCUGCCAGAGUCGGCCUCCUGUCCGGAGCUACCAGAGUCAACCUUCACUCCAGACUCAACCUCCAGUCCUGAGCCUGCAGUGCAGCCCUUCAGUCCAGAAUCGCUCUUUAGUCCAGACUCGUCCUCCAGUCCGGAGCCUGCAGUGCAGCCCCUCAGUCCAGUGGCGCCCUCCAGUCCGGGGCUCUCUACGAGGGCCUUCAGUCCAGGGUCGACAGUGAGGGUCCCCGCUCUAGAGGCGUCACCUAAGUGGGCCGAGCCAGAGGUGGAGCGGGGUCCACGUCCCUCACCAGAGCCGCCACCGCGGACUUCCUCAGCUUUAGGCCAACCAGCUGGCUGCAGGGAAACCCAUAGCAGGGGCCAGAAAGAGAUAGGCCUUAGGAACAAUAUAGGUCCAGCCCAUUCCACCUUUGACAAGGAAGAGGUCCUCUGGAUACAUUUGUCGAUGGAUACCUUGGGAAUGGUGGGCGACGGCUGCCUGUCACCAGACAACUACCAUGACAUGCUGAAGGGAGGGGGGUCUAGCGGAGGAGGCCGGGUCCACAGCAUCGAUGUGAUCUUGGGCUUCAGUAAGGACCAGGACCCUCUGCUGACCCCUGUGGGGGACAUGGGGGCCCAUAAUGUGGCCACUGAGGGCCUGGAGGACCACCAGGGGAAGCAGGUCAAGUCAGACCCCUACGGACAGCUGGCCAGCCUGGGGGACAGCACACAGCACUCUGACUUCCACGAGUCAGGCCUCUUCUCCAGUGAUAAGUGUGAUGGGGACCUGGGGGACCUCCAGAAGGGGUUGGACAGCGACAGGGGGAAGUCACCUGAGCCACCAGAGGAAGACCACCCCAGGAAGAAGCACCGGCGUAACCGCACCACCUUCACCACCUAUCAACUCCACGAGCUGGAGCGGGCCUUCGAGAAGUCCCACUACCCUGACGUCUACAGCAGAGAAGAGCUGGCCAUGAAGGUUAACCUCCCAGAGGUUCGCGUACAGGUAUGGUUCCAGAACCGUCGGGCUAAGUGGAGACGUCAGGAAAAGAUGGACUCCAGCUCCUUGAAGCUCCACGACUCCCCCAUGCUGUCCUUCAACCGGCCGCCCAUGCCCUCCAACAUGGGGCCCAUGUCCAACCCAUUACCCCUGGAUCCCUGGCUGGCCUCGCCCAUGUCCAGUGCCACCCCCAUGCAUACUAUCCCUGGCUACCGGGCUCCAGGGCAGGGCCCUCACCUUCAGCCUGCCUACCCCAGCCACUCCCACAGCUUCCUCAACAGCCCCCCAGUACAUAGUGUGGUGCACCAGGGGAUGGUGCAAGGAAUGCAAGGGAGGCAAAGCAUGCAGUCAAUGGCUCCGCCUCCCUACCAGUGUCACCCUAGCUUCAAUGAUAACUACCCUAUGCAUGAGGAAAUGGAACGUAGCUCCAGCAUCACAGCGCUGAGGAUGAAGGCUAAGGAGCACCUUCAUUCAUUGGAUAAAACCUGGCAGCACAUGUGA